GUGCACCCACUGCAUUACUUACACCAGAUCCUGUUGUUUCACAACCAACUCUCUUAACAAAUUUUCCACUGUCUUUCGCCACGUCUCUACCACAAAUACCCAAUGAUAUUUUACAAAAAUUGCCCGAUCAAUUGCGAGAUGUUAACGCAUUGUGGGGUUUAUUCACAUCGUUUGUAUCGAGCGUCGCUGAUAAUCCAACGUCACUAUCAAUCGCAGUACCAUCACCACGUACUAUUGAUAGUCUAGUACCCUCAUCAUCAUCUAUUCAGCCAUCAAAACUAUUCAGCACUAAUCUACAAAAACGUCACACGCCACAGUCAUCAUCAUUUAAUAUUAACGAUUAUGAUCUAGAAUUAGAAUCUGAUGAUGUUUCUCCAACUCCAAAACGUGCAUGUAUUCGACCACUACCACAACAAACAACAACUCAAAGCUCAGAUAAAACAAAAUCUACACGAUCAUCCACUCCACUGUAA